AACCGUCAGACCAGCUGAGUGGUGUAGGAGGAGGCGGGGAGUCCGCCUGGCUGGCCGGGGUGGUGCUGCUCUUCCACACCGACCCACAGCCAAUCUGAGCCGGAGAGACUUGCGACACGAGCCGCUGCUGCUGCUGCUGAGUUCCAGGUAGCAACCUGGGAGUUCAGUUCAAGAAGCUGUUUCAUUCCAGGAACCAUUCUUUGUGCAACCCUGGACCACAAAUUAGAUCAGAACAUCUGAAGUUAGCUGACGUUUCAACAUGUCUAUACUACCGUUCACUCCUCCGAUUGUUAAGAGGCUUCUCGGCUGGAAGAAAGGAGAACAGAUCGGACAGGAGGAGAAAUGGUGCGAGAAGGCUGUCAAAAGCCUCGUGAAGAAGUUGAAGAGAACGGGACAGUUAGACGAGCUGGAAAAAGCCAUCACAACGCAGAAUGUCAACACCAAAUGCUUAACCAUACCCAGGUCUUUAGAUGGACGUCUGCAAGUUUCACACAAAAAAGGUCUUCCUCACGUGAUCUACUGCCGCUUGUGGCGCUGGCCAGACCUGCAGUCCCAUCAUGAGCUGCGGGCCGUCGACCACUGUGAGUUUGCUUUUCACACAAAGAAGGAUGAGGUGUGUGUCAACCCCUACCAUUACCAGAGGGUGGAGACGCCAAUUCUGCCUCCUGUCCUCGUGCCACGCCACACCGAUAUUCCUACUGAGUUUCCACCACUGGACGACUACAGCUCAUCCAUCCCUGAAAAUAUAAAUUUCCCAGCUGGCAUUGAGCCUCAGAAUAACUAUAUUGCUGAAACACCCCCACCAGGCUAUCUGAGUGAGGAUGGUGAAACAAACGAUCCCCAACUCAAUCACAGUAUGGACACAAGUUCACCGAGCCUGUCGCCCAAUCCUGUGUCCCCCACAAACGGUCAUCUUGACUUACAGCCCGUGACGUACUGUGAGUCUGCGUUCUGGUGCUCCAUCUCCUACUAUGAGCUGAACCAGCGUGUUGGAGAGACCUUCCAUGCGUCCCAGCCGUCUCUGACAGUAGAUGGAUUCACGGACCCCUCCAACUCUGAACGCUUCUGUCUGGGCUUGCUGUCCAACGUCAACCGCAACACAGCAGUAGAGGUCACUCGAAGACAUAUUGGCCAAGGUGUGAGAUUGUAUUACAUCGGAGGGGAAGUGUUUGCAGAGUGUCUCAGCGACAGUGCCAUCUUUGUCCAAAGUCCAAACUGUAACCAACGUUAUGGUUGGCAUCCAGCCACUGUGUGCAAAAUACCUUCAGGUUGCAAUCUUAAGAUUUUCAACAACCAAGAAUUUGCAGCCCUUCUCGCCCAGUCAGUCAACCAGGGCUUUGAGGCCGUUUACCAGCUCACCAGGAUGUGCACCAUUCGCAUGAGUUUUGUGAAGGGCUGGGGAGCAGAGUACAGACGCCAGACGGUGACCAGCACCCCCUGCUGGAUCGAACUACAUCUGAAUGGUCCUUUGCAGUGGCUGGACAAGGUCCUCAUACAAAUGGGCUCUCCUGACAUCCACUGCUCCAGCACGUCUUAAAAAGAGCAGUCCCAGACACACAACCAUGCAAACCCAUAUAGAAAAAAAGCAUCUGUCGGUGAUUUCACUAUUCAAACAACUGCUCUCCCACAUGAUUCACUUUUUUAUUAUUUUAAAACUUGAACAAAUUUAGCAUCAGUCAAAUCCUUUUGUAGAAAUUGUUUAUCAGAAACAGCCACUUAAUAACUAUGUUUCAGAAGAAAAACUAAUUAUUUCUGAUUAAACAUUCUGAUACAUCUUUAUUUAGAAUAUAGAUUUGAUAGAAAAUAGUGGCAUGUUUACCCCUCCAUUUUAUUAUAUAGAUUUAGCUCAUCACGUUUUGUACUUUUUUGAUUCUGUGAAUUAAAAGUUAAUAGUAUUCAUUACCCUAAUCAGGGUCCUAGGUCUGGACUUUGUACUUACUAAAUGGGAGAGUUCAUUUAUCAACUGAAACAUAAUAAAUAUGGUUAAAAAUGCUAUUUUUAAAUCUAUAUUUAUUAUUUUAAGUAAAAAACUGCUUUUUCUUUACAGAUUUUGUUUGCAUAAAUUAAAAGAUGAAACUGAUCACCGGAUUUAUCUGUAAGAAAAGUAAAAUAAUGCACCAGUGUGAAAAAAUAUUUGUAACAAAACUAUUUUUCUUUAAUAAGAGACAGUGUAUAAGUUAUUUUUGCACAUUAUUCUGCAUGGGAAUAUAUUUUUUUAUUAUUGCCUAAUAUGGCUGUACAUAAAUAUUUAUAACUUGUAAUUUCAAGUUGAUGGAUUGCUUAAAAUAGUGAACCUGACUAUUAUGACUUAAAUAUAAACCCAUCAAACUACAGUAAGUUUUCCCACACUGGGUCAGCUGAUUCCACAGAAACACAGGAUUAUUGUAUCAUUUUAUUUUCGUGACAUGUACAGUAUUAGUUCUUAGGAGGAAAUGACUGACUUUAGAUGUGUGACUUCAAAGGCUGUGCUUCAUCAAAUGUGGCGUGCACACAAACAUCCAGGUGUCCAUUUGUUUGCCCAUGACUGCUCCUUGUGGGUAAAUUAUGCACUUCUGGUUUACUGUGUUACUAAGUGUAAAGCUGUCGUGAUAACUUUGUAGUCCCCAUACUCUUUAUAUCCCAGAUAAAUCGAUACAAGCAUGUAUAAUACUGCUCACUGUCCUAAGUCCCUGUUUCUACUGCAACCUUGUAAAUUGUGCACUUACAGUACACCAAACUGAGCUGCUGUAAAACUCUUAACAGUGCUUUCCUGAAAUGCUGUGUACUACACUGCAUUAGGUAGAUUUGUUUCAGUUAUUGUGCUUGAUAUUUUUUAGGUAGUUUUCUGUUUUAAGCAUUUGUUGAUCAAAUUGUUUGAAAUGACAUUUUAAUAAAAUGCAGCAGACAAUAA